GGGAAGAGCAGGCGGACGAUAAGUGUAGUGAGCAGAGAAUGAAUAAAUCUAAAGAUAAAUAAGUCGAGGUCUACAUACUUAAUAUGAACAAAUAAAAUAUGAUGCCGUCCUCGUCCUCCAGUUCGACGCAGGUUGUUCACCGCACUCGUUGCUGCUGUUGAUGUCGCGCAUCCAGAACCGUCGCGGCAACGCUGGAUCGGAUGCCCGGAUGAACAUUCAGAAAACAUUUAAAUCUAACGAACGCGGAAACUACGGCUAGCAGCAACCGGCGCUGAAGCUGAUUAUAUCCACCUCCCCUUCAAUCAGCAGAUCAACAACAGGAAAAUGCUCCAUCCAACUCCAAUCUCGCUGAGUUGGCACUACAAGUACUGGCAGAGGCAGACAGCUGGAUUCUUGCGGAAUGCUAUGAGGAAUAAGAAGCCCAAUGACGAGAUGGUGGGAUACGUUACGAAUGACAAACAUCCAAAGUCCAUACGAGUUGCCUGCGACAGAUGGAUGUGGGUGAUGCGGUAUAAGAAGUGUUUUCGAUAUUGCAAGAAAAUAUGGGCACAUGACGAAAAAAAUGACGCGAGGUUAGGCGACGUGGUCAGAGUGCAGCCGUUGGGGUAUGAUUGUUCUAAUAACUCUGAUGUUCUUGCUUGACAACUAGCUCCUAAGAAAAUCUAUUAUAAUCACAGCAGCUGCACUUCCUUCUCCUGUUUCUCCCUUAGUUGCGACGGGGGUUAAUCAUUUGAAAUAUAAAUUCAAUUCUGCUGUUACUAUUCUCUCGUUCCACUCCAUCUUCUAGGUACAGACUUGGUCCUUGGAAGACCUACGUAUUAACGAAAGUGCUGUACCGGGAACCACGAGAUGAAGGAAGCUUGAGAGGAAGCGACGCUAGAAAUUUGAAUUACGUGCCUCCAGAGCAGGCAGAGACUGGAGGUGCUACACAGGUUCAGUCAGAUGUAGUCGCAAAUUCAACUUAUCUGGCGGGAUAGCAAGAGUUCAGCUUCAGCAGGGUGCAGCAAAUGCUGCUGGAAAUUCUUCCACAUGCGACCACGAGCACGAGGAAACGCAC